AUGGCCGCGCCCUGGACAUCCAAGCGGAAGUUGAUUUGUGCACAAAUUUUCGACUUUGACGUAGAAACUACGCUCGUCUUCGAAAAUUACAAGCGACGAAGAGACUCCACAUAUGAUCCUGACUAUGGCAAACUGUGUGACCUCGAAGAAGUAUUUGACAGACCAUCUUGUAACCUAUCCCAAAUAUUCACUACAACUCUUGACGUUAUCUAUGAAAACAAUGGACAUAUCCUACAAUCUCUGCGUGACCAAGAAUGGCUGACAGAUGGAUAUGAACUAUUUGCUGCAGCUAUCCAAGCUAAGGGGGCUGCACUUGCUAACUGCUGGGGCUUUAUAGACGGCACUGUGCGGCCUAUGUGUAGGCCUCAGGAAGGGCAACAAGUGUGCUAUAAUGGACACAAACGGACACAUGCCCUGAAAUAUCAGAGCAUCACUGCACCAAAUGGAUUAAUAGCAAAUAUGUUUGGUCCAGUUGAAGGAUCGAGACAUGAUUCUGCCUUACUCCGCAUGAGUGGUAUAAUACUGGAACUCUCAGAAAUUCAGAUAAAUGGAGAACAAGGCUGCAUCUAUGGGGAUCCAGCAUAUCCUUUACGACCAGAAAUACAGGUUCCAUUCAGAAAUCCAACACCUGAUCAACAGAUGUUCAAUGCCUCCAUGUCAGCUGUUAGAAUAUCUGUAGAGUGGACAUUCGGCAAAAUUGUUGAAAACUUUGCCUUCCUAGACUAUAAGAAAAACCAUAAACUUUGUCUUCAACCUAUUGGCAAGAUGUAUCUGGUUGCAGCUCUAUUAGUUAAUUGCCAUACCUGUUUAUAUGGAUCAGAAACGACUGAUUUUUUU